AUGGGGUUUCUCUGUUGUCUCCAGGUACUUAUGUUUCUCUUGUUCUGUUCUAAACUCUCUGCUCAAUCUCCGACCAAUGCGACUUCUUCUUCUUCUCUCGAUGCUCUUCUUCAAGAUUACUCUUUUAGAGCCUUUGUUCGUCCUCGUACCGGCAUUCUCUACGAAGGUACUGUCCCUUCCAAUUUGACUGGAAUCAAAGUUGCAGCCAUGAGACUCAGAAGCGGAAGCUUGAGAAAACGAGGAGUCUCUUCCUUUAAAGAGUUUAAAAUCCCAAAGGGCGUAAUUUUGAAGCCGUAUGUGACAAGGCUUGUCUUGGUUUAUCAAAACCUAGCCAAUUUCUCUCACUUGUAUUACCCUUUGUCUGGUUACGAUUAUGUAGCACCUGUAUUGGGUCUUCUUGCUUACGAUGCUAAGAAUCUCUCUGCUUUGAAUCUCCCUGAGCUUGAUUUGAAGGUAUCUAAUGAUCCAAUCAGAAUCGAUUUCUCUGAUCUGGAACCAAUCCCACAAGGUUCUAGUGCUAAGUGCGUUAGAUUCGAUUCACAAGGUGAAGCUACUUUCAGUGAAUCGAUCCAGCCUGGAAACACAUGCGAGACUGAGGUUCAAGGACAUUUCUCAGUGGUUGUGAAAUCUGUAGCCUCUGCUCCAAGUCCAGCUCCUCCAGGGAAUGAGAAAAAGAAGAAGAGCUCUGGUUCAAAUUCCUCAAGGACUUGGAUAAUCGUUGGUUCAGUGGUAGGUGGAUUGUUACUGUUGGGGCUUUUGCUGUUUCUGGUUUUGCGGUGUAAGAAUUACAAGAAGCAAGAGAAAAUGAGAGAGAUGGAGAGAGCUGGAGAGACAGGGGAAGCUUUGAGAAUGACUCAGGUUGGAGAGACAAGAGCACCAACAGCUACAACAACUCGUACACAACCUAUGCUUGAAACCGAAUACGCAGCUUAG